AUGGACUGUAGCUGCGUCUCCGACCUUCUCUUCGCCCCGCCCGCCCUGCCGGCUCUCUGGACCCCCGGGUUUGCCUUCCCUGAUUGGGCCUACAAGCCAGAGUCAUCCCCUGGCUCGAGGCAGAUCCAGCUGUGGCACUUUAUCCUGGAGCUGCUGCAGAAGGAGGAGUACCAGGGCGUCAUCGCCUGGCAGGGGGACUACGGGGAAUUUGUCAUCAAAGACCCUGACGAGGUGGCCCGGCUGUGGGGCAUUCGCAAAUGCAAGCCCCACAUGAAUUACGACAAGCUGAGCCGGGCCCUGCGUUACUACUACAACAAGCGGAUUCUCCACAAGACCAAAGGGAAGAGGUUCACCUACAAGUUCAACUUCAGCAAAGUUGUGCUCGUCAAUUACCCGCUGCUGGACAUGGCGGCAGCUGCCACCGGCUCCCCACUCUUGCUGACCCCCAGUCCCUUCGGGGGGGCCCCAGGGCCAGAUGCUCCUCCCCUCACCCCUGAGACCCUGCAAACCCUGUUCUCUGCCCCACGCCUGGGAGAGCCAGGGACCCGGACACCCCUGUUCACCUCCGAGACAGAUAAACUGCGUCUGGACAGCCCUUUCCCGUUCCUGGGCUCUGGUGCCACCAGCUAUUCCAAGCCCCCUGGCCUGCUGGGUCCUUAUGGCCGCGCCUUCCCUGAGUACCCCUGGAACUUUAACCCGUACCUCACAGGCCCCUUCCCCAAGCUGCCUCCCUCUCUCUACCCCCCGCACUUCUAUCCCAACCCUCUGGCCAGUUCCCUGAGCCACCUGCCCUCAGCAGGGGCAGGGGGAGGCCCCACAGCCGUGCCCCUGCUGGCCUCGACAGGGGAGGGCCUGGGCCCCGAGCGCCCCUCGGGCCUGGCAGCGGCCCCUCGCCUGGCACUGCCGGGGGCUGGGGGUCCAGAGGCUGCCCUUGGUGGGAAGGAGGACAGCGACUCGGAGCUGGAGAUUACCGAUGUCAGCGGCUGCAGCUCUGACAGCGAGGGCGAUGAGGGUCUCCUGGUGCCCCCCAAGGCAAAGGCAGGCAAAGGGGGGACUGGCAGCUGA